AUUGUCAUGCCUUGAUUUUAUUUUGGUGGAAGCCUGAAAAGGUUAACUAAGUCAACCGAGCGGUAUGUUUGUUGCCUUGUUUCCUUGGUUCCUUGUAGUGCUCGGUUAAGUCAUGCAGCGCAGCAUUCCUUGCCCUUGCUUCCUUGGAUUGCAUUAGCGCUCAAUUAGAGAGCGCUGUGCUCAAUAAGAGAGCGUUGCUCCCUUGGUUUCUUGAUGCACCACACUUUUCUUCUUCCUUAGGCCAUGCUUUCCCUGUUUCUUUCUUUUCUUCCCCUACAAGUAAUCAAAACAACCAAUCAAAGUAUCACCAAAUUCACAAGGUUUAAAAUUCAUUCAAAAUUCAAUUAAUUCUAGCUUAAACCUCAUGAUUUUGUGUCAAUUAAAGGGUGGUUGAUUGAUUUAACUAAACCAUGCAAAUCCACUCCAAAUGACUUACUUACAAUGCAAGAAAGUGCAUAAAACCUAAUGAAACAAGUGAAAAAUGCUUGAAAAGCUAGCAUAAGAUGACUUGUAAUUAAUUCUCACCCAAGAUGAUUUGAAGAAAUCGCCGCCUACAAAGCCGUCGAGUACGUCGAAUCCGGUAUGAUUCUCGGCCUCAGAACCGGCUCCACUGCCAAACACGCCGUCGACCGAAUCGGCGAGCUUCUCCGUCAGGGCAAGCUCAAGGACAUCGUUGGAAUUCCCACUUCCAAGAAGACGCACGAGCAAGCUCUCUCUUUCGGGAUCCCCUUGUCAGAUCUGGACUCUCACCUCGUCGUUGAUCUCGCCAUUGACGGUGCCGACGAGGUUGAUCCUUACCUUAACCUCGUCAAGGGACGCGGUGGCUCCCUCUUGAGGGAGAAGAUGGUUAAAGGUGCUUGCAAGAAAUUCGUUGUAAUCGUCGAUGAGUCCAAGCUCGUUAACUAUAUUGGUGGUAGCGGUUUGGCUAUGCCCGUUGAAGUUAUUCAAUUUUGUUGGAAGUUCACUGCUUCCACUCAGAAUCUCUUUCAGAAAUCUAGUUGCGUUGCAAAGCUCAGAACUUUGGGCGAAAAGGCUGAGCCUUAUGUCACUGAUAAUGGCAACUAUAUCACUGAUUUGUAUUUCAAGCAGAGUAUUGGGGAUUUGAAAGCUGCCAGCGAUUCCAUUCUGUAAAUCACCGGUGUUGUGGAGCAUGGAAUGUUCAUUGACAUGGCUACCACUGUUAUUGUUGCAGGUGAACUUGGCCUAACUGUCAAGAAUAAGUAGUAGCUUAAUUUAAACACCAUUAAAUGACAUGAACAAUAAUGUAGGUAAACUUGGAAUAAUCAGGGAGGUAGUUUAAUUCGUCAAGGUUGAUGCUUUAACAUUUGGGGUGUCCUUUGGGGGCUUCUAACAUACGAUAUCUGGUGUAGUUGCAAUUGCUGAAGAAAGUAUCUUAAUUUCUCCGCCAAUUUUGUUAUUUUUGACCUGGUUUGAGCAAGCAAGCAUAAGAGAAUUUUAUAGACUUGCUGGAAAUUUGGAUAUUCAGUUCAU